AUGGAGGUAGUGUUGGCGGACGCGUUGCUCUCCCGUUGCGGGGAUCCCGUUGAGGUGCUGCGGGCUGUUUGCUCCCCGCUCUCGGCCGAAGGCGCGGAGGCUCUGCGUCUCCUCCUCCAGCGCCUGGCCGCGGGCUGCCCGCUGCUACCGCCAGGCGAGGCCGAGGCGGGGGCUCUGCGGAGGGCCGCUUGGGAAGUGGCUCUGGAGCGGUGCCGGCCGCUGCUCUGCGGCGGAGAGGCGGGGGUGUGCGGCGGGGAGCGGGUGCGGGUGGCCCGGGCGGCGCGGGGAGCCCUGCGGCAUUGCGUGCAGCUGUGCGGGGCGCCGCUGGCGGGGCGGCUGGCGAGGGACGCGCUGGCGGAGCUGGCGGCGGGCGGCGGGGCGGGCGCGGAGCUGGCGGCGGUGGAAGCGCUGGUGGCGGCGGCGCCGCGGCUGGAGGAGCCGGAGGUGGUGGCGCGGUGCGUGGCGGCGGCCCUGGAGCUGGUGCGGGAAGAGGGGGAGAGGGAGGAGGAGGCGGCGGCGGUGGUGGCAGGGAGGCUGCUGCCGGCGCUGGGAGGCAACGGGGCGGCUCUGCCGCUGGUCUGGGAAGGACUGCUGGGGGAAGGAGAACCGCCGCGGGCCGGGCCGGUGCUGCUGGCUCUCAGCGCCCUGGCGGACGCGGUGCUGCCGCGGAGCCCGCCUGGAGCGGGUUCGGGGGUGGACGCGCGGCUGUGCCCGCGGUUCUGGCGGGUGGUGCAAGGGGGCCUGACGGAACGGGACGGGCUGUGCCGCAAGCGGGCCCGCUACCUGCUGAAGAGAGCCCUGGACCUGAGCGGAGGGCAGCGGGCAGAGCUGCGGUGCCCCCCGGACGGCCCAGACGAAUCGAGUCUGUUCUGGUGGUGUGCCGAGGAGAAUGAGAAGCUCCUGCAGUUCUGGGAAACUUAUAUUUUGAUCAUGGAAACUUUGGAAGGAAACCAGAUACAUGUCAUAAAGCCAGUGUUACCAAAACUGAACAGUUUAUAUGACCAUGCUAUAUCAGGGGAAAAAGGUCGUUGGUUGUUCCACCCAUCCUGGCACAUGUGCAUUUAUAAACGAAUGUUUGAGAGUGAGAAUAAAACCUUGACAAAGGAAGGAGUUCUUCAUUUUCUGGAGCUUUGUGAAACAAAGCACCUUCCAAAUGCACUUGACUUUUCAGAGUUUAUUAUUGGACCAUUAAUGGAUGCUCUCUCAGAAAGUUCCCUCUAUAGCAGGACACCAGGCCAGUCAGUGGGAGCCUGUCCUCCUUUGGGAAUCAGGCUACAGAAGUUUUUGGCUUCUUAUCUCAUGCUUCUUCCAGAAGAAGAAAAAGGUAGUUUCCUGUUAAAAUUUAUUCAGAAGAUGACAAGCAGACACUGGUGUGCUGUUCCCAUUUUAUUUCUUUCUAUGGCUCUGGCAAAUAUCCCUGCAUGUAAAGUGCUGGGCACUGAAGGACUUCAUGCUUUAAGGGAUGUCCUCCAGUGUACUAUGAUUACACAUCAGAUUUUGUUGCGUGGAGCUGCUCAGUGCUAUCUCCUUCAAUCAGCUUUGCAUUUGACAGAUGUGGAGAAAGUGUCCCUUCCAGAAGUUGCAAACUUUCUUCUGUCCCUGAGGCCAGAGGAGUCUCUCAGGAGAGAUACUCUGUUAUGGAUGGAGCUUUGCAGCUGGUUGCAAGUGAAUGACAGGGGCUUCAGAAAGUCAUUGAAUUCUGAACAUCAAGAAAUAUCAUUAUGUCAGUAUGUACACAGCCUUGUGAGAGGGUACCUUAAGACACCACCAUCUGAAGGAGAAAAUUGCUUUAUGCCUGACUGGUUUGAAGCUAAGCUUGUUGCAACAAUGAUUCUAUUGGCUGCAGAUGGGGAGCAGAUGAGGAAUGAGUAUAGUGGAAAAAGCAACAUAGAAUGGAUUGAACUAGAGGCUUUCUUGAACCCUCUUCUGGAUGUCUUGAUGAAACUUGGCAGUAAUGCUUACAUACCAACACUGAAAACAGAUAAAAGCCUACAACUUCUCUUGAAGUUAUUGCAGAGUUCCCAUAAACAAGAUGAUGGGGUCUUGGUUUUUAUCUUGAAGUCUCUACUGACACCCAUGGAGAGUAUUCUUCAAUUCAUUCUCCGACGGCUUACUGCAAAUGAGUUGAACACUGUUGGUGAUCUGGAUCGUUGUGAUCUGUACUUAGAUCUGAUUCGUGAGAUGGUGAAUUUGGGUUUGAAAGUCACCUGGGAGAAAACACAAUCCCUCAAAAAUUUCAUUUUGUGCCUGACAAAUGCAUCUAUUCAUAAUCUUCAGGAGAGAAAUUGUGAAGAGGAGCCAACACUUAAGGAUCAAAUUAAGAAGGUGUGUAGCAUGGCUUCACUUACAGCAGUUUGUGAGAUCAUGGGUCAGAUUCCUGAAGCACACCUUGUGGAUGCUCUGAGGAGAUUUGUUUCCUGCUGGCCAUUCAAUGAAGUGUUAAAGAAGCCAUCUCAAACUGCAGAAAGUAGUAGCUCAUGUGAAGAGACAACAUCUCAAGGAUGGGGCAGGAUUGUUGCACGCUACGUCCGGGACCAAUGGAUUUGCCUUCGUUUCAUUUUAAAUUUAUUUCCAACUCUGUCUCAAGAGAAUGAAGACACCUCAGAAAUAUUAUCAUCUACAGCUGAAGAGUCAAUAAAAAUUCUAGAGUUGGCACUAGAAGCCUUAACUAUUCUUCCUUCAGACCAAGUUUUACCUGUGUUCGACUGCAUGAAAGUCCUUGUUCCCAAGCUUCUGGAGGCAGCAGAGUCUCUCUGCAUAGAAGCAUUCGAUUUGGCUUGGAAAAUCAUAUCCUCUUUGAGCAACACACAGCUAAUCUUUUGGUCCAAUCUAAAAGCUUUUGUUCAGUUCAUCUUUGACACUGAGGUUUUAGCUGUUGCUGCAAGAGCAAAGGGUCAAGCAUAUGCAAAAAUUAAAGAGAUAAUUUUCAAGCUUAUAGAUAUGUCUGCCACAAAGACUGGAGUCUUCAAUGUAGUCCUUACUCAUUGCUGUCAAUCUUGGAUAUUUCCCCUUGUUAAUGAGAGAAGUGCCUUGACAAAUCCUUUCUUAAAUGCUGGAAAUUAUUGUGAACUUAUCACUGAGGCUUGUGUCUUUGGAACUGUAUUUAGGAGAGACCAAAGACUUAUCCAGGAUGUGCAUGCCUUCAUAGAAAGUCUUGGAGAAAAAUGUGCAGCAAAUGUUGUUACAGAAAGUACAUUUCGAGAUGAUCACUACGUCCGGGUCUGUGCAAUUAAAUUCCUGUGCUUGUUGGAUGAGUCAAAUACCUUGCAUAAGGCAUUUAUGGAAGACAUUUUCAUCAAGCUGCUUGAUAAAGAUGAGCUGGUGUCCAGAUCUAGAACACGCUAUUACGCAAACUCCCUGCAUCACAGAAUUAAAAACCGGGUAUGGCAAACACUCUUAGUCCUUCUUCCAAAGCUUGACCAGACUUUUUUGUGUGGAACCCUUGACAAAGUUUUCCAGGCUGGAUUUGGUAACAAUCAGGCAUCUGUGAAAUACUUCAUAGAGUGGAUUGUCAUCUUGAGUCUACAUAAAUACCCCCAAUUCCUUAAUAAAUUCUGGGAUUGCUUUUCCUAUGAUGAAGAAAAGCUUAAAACAAGCAUCUGCACAUUUCUAUCAGUGUUGGCACACUUUGACAUCAUUCUUCAAAAUACCUCAGAGAAGAAGGCAGCUUUGAAGAAAGGCCUCAUAGUUGUUCUGCAGUGGUGUUUCAACCAUAAUUUCAGCGUCCGACUUUAUGCAUUAAUUGCCCUUAAAAAAAUCUGGGCUGUGUGCAGGAUGCUGCACGUGGAAGAAUUUGAAGCUCUGACCCCAGUUAUUGAAUCCAGCCUUCAACAAGUGGAAAACAUGCAUGGCACAGGGAAUGCUAGGAGGAACUGGCAGAGAAUUCAAGACCAUUUCUUCUUUGCAACAUUUCAUCCACUGGAGGAUUAUAGUCUGGAGACAAUAUUCUACACUCUCCCACGCCUCUCAGAACUUGCUGAGGAUGAAUGGAUCUCACUCUCUAAAUUUGACAGAUUCCCUGAAAUUCCUUUGCCACCAACAUUUCAGUGGUCCCGUUCUACAACGAAACUUCUUGACCUGAAGCCAAGUGACUGGUCUCAGCAGGACAUGGGUUCAAAUUCAGCUGAAACAGAUAGCCAGACAGAAUGGACUGAUGUUCAGAAAAAAAUCAUACCCUGGAAGAACAGUACUCCUAGUUCAGACCUGGAAAUGGUGUUUCAGGAUCGUGCUGCUAAGCUUGGGAAAUCAAACAGCAGGCUGAUUGUGGUAGCUUCACUUAUUGAUAAACCAACCAAUUUAGGAGGUUUAUGUCGUACAAGUGAAAUAUUUGGAGCAUCUGCCCUGGUGGUUGGCAGCCUUCACUACGUACAGGAUAAACAGUUCCAGCACCUCAGUGUUUCUGCAGAGCAGUGGCUCCCCCUGGUUGAGGUGAAACCAUCUCAGCUUGUUGAUUAUUUACAGCAGAAAAAAACAGAAGGCUACACUAUCAUUGGUGUGGAGCAGACAGCUAAAAGUUUUGAUCUGACAGAAUAUUCCUUCCCAGAGAAGUCACUGCUACUGCUGGGGAAUGAACAUGAAGGAAUCCCAGCAAACCUGAUCCACCACCUGGAUGUCUGUGUGGAAAUCCCUCAGCAGGGCAUCAUCCGCUCACUCAACGUUCACGUCAGCGGGGCCCUGCUGAUCUGGGAGUACACCAGGCAACAAGUUAUCAAGCAAAAACAAAAAUAAUUCCCCAAAUUGUGCCUUACAGUACAGCUGGGUUGCCUGGCUAUGGUGCUACAACAGAAAAAGAUCUGGAUAGGUGGAGAGAGAGACUCAGGGUGAACGAGGAUUCUUGUUCUGCAUGUUUUGCUCUCUGUAAUUCAGACUGGUUUUUAAACGCCUUAAAUACUUCACACCUCUUGAAAUAAAACUCUUGUGUUGGAAAGAAAUAUUAAUUUAUAUUGCAUGGGGUGGGAUUUUUCUACUGUUGGAACACCAGCAGAGCACCAUGAACAGCCCCAAACUGCAUCCCAGGAUUUUUACUGCAG